AUGAAUACAGGAGCAAAACUAUUUGAAAGUCCUCCUAACAAAGCUUGUAAGACUUAUCAGUGGCUGCACAAAAAUUAUCAGCAGGCCCUAACUCUAGCAUUUGCCAUAGAAGAGAUUAACAAGGAUUUCCAUCUGUUGCCCAACAUUUCCCUGGGAUUCCAGCUCUACAACACCUACCACAGUGAUGAGAGAACCUUGGAGAGCUCCCUGAAGUGGCUUUCUGGGCAGGGUCAGCUUAUCCCUAACUACAGCUGCAGGAAGCAGGAAAAAUCUGUGACUGUUAUUGGAGGAGCCACAUCAGUUCUCUCACUACAAAUGGGGGCUCUGCUUGACCUCUACAAGUUUCCCCAGAUAAGCUAUGGUCCAUUUGACUCCAUUCUUAGUGACAAGGUCCAGUUUCCUUCCCUCUAUCAGAUGGCCCCCAAAGACACUUCUCUUCACCAAGGUGUUGUCCAAUUAAUGGUAUAUUUUGAAUGGAACUGGAUAGGUCUGAUUGUAACAGAUGAUAUGAGAGGAGAAGAUUUCCUCUGGGAAAUAAGAGGGGAAAUGGUAAGGAAAGGUAUUUGUGUGUCCUUCACAGAGAAGAUCCCUGUCAGUGAGAGGAAACAUAUGGAAUCACAGGAGACCUUCAUGCCCAGAAUCCUAUCAUCAUCAACUGUAGUGAUGGUCAUCCAUGGUGACACAGAUUCUUUAAUGAUUCUGAGAUAUUCACAAGUUCCUUUCUUCCCAAUACGGAAGGUGUGGAUUGCCACAUCUCACUGGGACAUUACCAUGAGACACCUCUUUGUUGAAGGUUCUGCUUUCCAUGGAGCUCUCACAUUUUCAUACUUGACAAGUGAAAUUCCAGGGUUUAAGACUUUUCUUAAGGCAGUUACACCUAUGCAAUACCCAGAUGACAUUUUACUGAGGGGAUUCUGGCUCUCAGCUUUUAAGUGCCCAGAUCAACCAGAAAACCCAGAGCAAGAUAUAUGUUCACCAAAUGCUUCCUUGGAGACUUUGCCUCUGUGUUCUUUUGAUAUGACCAUGUCUGGUUUAAGUUAUACCCUCUACAAUGCUAUCUACACUGUGGCUUGGGCUCUCCAUGAAAUGUUAAUGAGAAAAUCAGAGAAAAGAUCAGUGGGAGAUGAAGAAUAUCUAGUAUUUCAUUCUUGGCAGCUGCACUCCUUCCUGAAGCACACUCAGUUUAACAACAGUGCUGGUGACCAGGUGUCUGUGGAUGAGAAAAGAAGCUCUGAGGCUCAAUAUGCCAUUAUGAACUAUUUGACCUUUCCUAAUGAGACUGAAGUUCUUGUGAAAGUGGGUCAAUUUGUCCCCAAGGCUCCACCUGGUCAAGAAUUCACAAUUUGUAUGGAUGUGAUAGUGUGGGGCUGGUGGGAUUCAAAGGUUCCUUCUGGAGUGUGCAGUGACAGUUGUGAUCCUGGAUUCAGGAAGACUCCUUUGGAAGGGAAGGCUGUCUGCUGCUUUGAUUGCUCCCCAUGCCCAGAAGGGGAGAUCUCCACCCUUAUAAAUGCAGAACAUUGUAGGAAGUGUCCAGAGAUUGAAUAUCCAAAUAAGCAGAGAGAUCACUGCCUCCCCAAGAUUGUGACCUUCCUGAAUGUGAAAGAAUCAUUGGGGAUGACUUUGACCUGUAUGGCUGUUUCUUUCUCUUUACUGACAGCUCUGGUUCUGGGGGUCUUUGUGAAGUUCGAAGACACUCCCAUAGUCAAAGCCAAUAACAGGACUCUCAGCUAUACUCUCCUCAUCUCCCUUAUCUUCUGUUUCCUCUGUUCCCUGCUCUUCAUAGGUCAGCCUACCACUGCCACCUGUCCCCUCCAACAAACAAUAUUUGCAAUUGUGUUCACAGUAGCUGUUUCCUCCAUUUUGGCCAAAACCCUAAUAGUGGUUCUGGCUUUCAGGGGAAUAAGGCCAGGGAGCAGGAUCCGCAUGUUCAUACAUCCUAGAGUGUCCUACUAUAUUGUUCUCAUCUGCUCAGGGAUUCAAGUGAUUUUCUGUGGCAUCUGGCUGAGCACCCAUCCCCCCUUUCCAGAGGCAGACCCAAACUCUGAAUAUGGCCACAUAAUCAUUAGAUGUAAUGAGGGUUCUGCCUUUGCCUUUUAUAGUGUCCUGGGAUAUUUGGGCUUUUUAGCUCUGGGAAGCUUUAUUGUAGCUUUCCUGGCCAGGAACCUGCCUGAUACCUUCAAUGAAGCCAAGUUCAUCACUUUCAGCAUGCUGGUGUUCUGCAGUGUCUGGGCCACUUUUCUGCCCACUUAUCAGAGCUCCAAAGGGAAGGCCAUGGUGGCUGUGGAGAUCUUCUCCAUCUUGGCCUCUACUGCUGGGAUACUUGGCUGCAUUUUCAUUCCUAAAUGUUAUAUCAUACUCCUGAAGCCAGACAGAAAUACCCAGGAACAGAUAAAGAAUAAACAAGUUUCCAAGGGCAAGAUUUUCCCUGGAGUAUAG